AUGAAGACCGCGUCUUUCUAUCUCCUGGCCUACAUUUACCUUUUCUCAUUGAACCCGAUCGCCGCAGCUCCAUCGCCAGAAGAGCAACAGUACAUUGAUUUUUGCGCGGAAAGGUUUGGUCCUGAUACCGCCAUCCAGCCUGCCGAAGGAGGUGGCUUUCAGUGUGUCAUGUGUGCCGGUUCUGCGUACCAGGACCCGGUGACCGGCGAUCGCAAAUGUUGUAACGUCCUGAAUGAGAGUUUCAGCGUCGACAAAGUUGUCCAAACGCGAGGAGGCUGCUGCAAGGCUCCUUUGGUCUUUUCCUAUGAUCCGGCGGCCAAGGCUGGAAAGUGCUGUAACCCUGGCCAUAAGUUUAUGGCCGGGGCCUGCACUCCUCACGAGCCUUCCCGACCAAAAUGUACUCAAUGUUCCAAGAACUACGCUUGCGCUCACGAUGGCCACCUUGGCCUUCGGUCUGCAAAAGCACCACCGACUGCGAUGCUAACUUUGGCAGGUAUGUUCCCGAGGACGGCACUUGGGCCCUUCAAGAUCAGCUUGGCCGCCGUGAAGAUACAGGGCCUGGCUGGUUCGGCAAUUACACCCCUCACAUGGGCAUUGCACCCUUCAAGGAAACUGCCAGGGCAGCCAUAUUCAAGGGGGAGGGAUUCUGCAUGUAUGGAGAGUGUGCAGUCUGCCUACGCCUAG